AUGUCAAACGCGGUCUUUUUAAUUGCGAAGAAUAACACAGCUUAUAACGAUGAGUACGUGCCUCGUGUUGUAAACGGAAAGCCGGGCAAGCUCGGUGAUGUGCCCUAUCAGGUGGCGUUUAAGACAUUGAUCAAACGGUCACGAAUAUAUACUACAUUCUGUGGAGGUACAAUUAUCGGACCAACGAAACUUCUCUCGGCAGCCCACUGCUUCUCUGAAAACCCAAACGCUUGUCAGAAACUGUGCGGUGGCGGCGGGACUCCGAAAACGUUGUCCCAUAAAUACGCAGUAGCUGGGAACUUAAGAAAUCGUGGCUACUAUCAGGAAUUUGACAGCGAAGCCAAUGGACAAUGGAGAAAAAUGAAACAGGUCGUAUAUCCUCCGACAUACGCCUUCCCAAAAGAUGACAUCGCUAUUGUUUUCUUAUUUAAACCAUUUGUGUACAACUCUUACGUCAACUAUGUUCCGCAUGCAAUUCGUUUGACAGACUACCACGGAAAAUGCUUAGUGUCUGGAUAUGGCCGAAUUUCAAAUAAGGCGUCAUCCGACAAACUUCUGCUGGCUGAUUUGACUCUUAUCCCUAUGGUUAGAUGCAAUCAGAUGCAUCGAAGAAACAUGCGAAGAUUCAUAUGUACCUCUAGUAAAUUCACUGAUGUAGGAAAGGGUGAUUCAGGCGGACCUUUAGUGUGCAUGAAUACAGGAGAUCCAAACGAGCAACCAGGAAAAGGUGUUCUCGUUGGCAUAGUCAGUGGACAUCGGUAUCACGUCGGAAGUUUCUUCACAAGAGUUUCGUCAUUUCGAUCAUAUAUAGAACGAAACAAGAGUCCACGUAACGAGAAACACGCGAUCAUC